AAUUGAAUAGCCUUUAUGUGGCACUUGACAAUGGCCAACUAUUUGAACACCAAGCAACUUGAGGAUCUGCAGCAGGAGUUGAUGCAGAAGCCGGUCGAGGAAUCAACCUCCGACUCGGAACUGAAGUCGGAGUACUCCACUGACUCGGUCAUUAACGAGAUCAUCGCCAAGUCCCUGACAGCCGAGCCAUUGCCUCAGUCGUCGACGGAUGCCCUGCCGGAGCCGGGACCAGGAAAGCGGCACUUGUCCUUUCGAGCUCUGGCCCGCCUUGCGAUGGUGUUGAACGAGUUCAAGCGACAGCAUCGCACCAAACGGGAGGAGGACGCUGGCUACUGGCGGCAAGUGGCCGAGGGAUACUGCCAGGAGAACGAGAGGUACCAGAGGGUGGUCGAGAUCCAGCGCCAGAGGAUCGACAUCCUGGAGAGGGAUCUGCGCACGCUGGUGGGCCUGGCCCGGGAGACUCAGCAAAUGCUGGCCCUGAUCAGUGCCGAGAAGCGUUGCUGCCAGGAGCGCGGCCAUGGCGAGCACGCCGAUUAGAAUUUGGUUAGUUUGUGUAUCGAAUUUCAGUUAUCUCUAAAUGAGAAAAAAUCGUCUUAUUUGGUGGCUCACAACUAAUUUUACAAAUUUUUUUGACUAAAAACAUGUCCCAAGUGGGUCGUCCUGGGACUUCCCAGGAAAGCUUUUCAUUAAAUGUUUCUUCUGCGAA